CACACUACCAUCAUAAUUCCUCUAUUCCCAUUCCCUUUUGAUCAUUCUUUCUUGGUUUUCAAAUCUUACCUGAUCAAAUGGGGAAAUGGGAUGUGGUUUGUCUGACUUUAUUGGUUUUAAAUUUAUGUUUUGGUGCUAGAGGAGAGCCUCAGGUUCCUUGCUACUUCAUCUUUGGGGAUUCUCUGGUUGACAAUGGGAACAACAACCAGCUCCAGUCUUUGGCCAGAGCUGAUUACUUGCCAUAUGGAAUCGACUUUCCAGACGGUCCCAGUGGAAGGUUUUCCAAUGGCAAAACCACCGUCGAUGUCAUUGCUGAGCUGUUGGGUUUUGACGAUUACAUUCCUCCCUACUCAACUGCCACGGGUCGAGACGUACUGAAAGGAGUUAAUUUUGCAUCUGCGGCUGCUGGAAUCAGAGAAGAAACUGGACAGCAACUGGGAGGUCGGAUUACUUUCAGCGGACAGGUUAGAAAUUACCAGAACUUAGUCUCCCAGGUGGUGAAUAUUUUAGGGAACGAAGACACAGCAGCAAAUUAUCUUAGCAAGUGCAUAUUUUCCAUUGGACUGGGCAGCAAUGAUUAUCUCAACAACUAUUUCAUGCCCCUGUAUUACAAUACUGCUGACCGCUACACCCCAGAGCAAUACUCCGAUGUUCUCAUUCAACAAUACACUGAGCAGCUACAGGCUCUGUACAACUAUGGAGCCAGGAAAUUUGUGUUGAUUGGAGUAGGCGCAAUAGGCUGCAGUCCAAAUGAAUUGGCUCAGAACAGCCAGGAUGGGAAAACUUGUGUGGCAAGAAUCGACUCUGCUAACCAAAUCUUCAACAAUAAGCUCAAAGGCCUUGUAGAUCAGUUCAAUAGUAAUUCAGAUGCAAAGUUUAUCUAUGUCAAUGCAUAUGGAAUUUUCCAGGACAUAAUAAACAGCCCUGCAGCAUAUGGGUUUAAGGUUACGAAUACCGGAUGCUGUGGGGUAGGAAGGAACAAUGGGCAAAUUACAUGCUUGCCUUACCAAACUCCAUGCCAGAACAGGGAUGAGUAUGUGUUUUGGGAUGCUUUCCAUCCAACUGAGGCUGCAAAUGCCAUCAUUGCAAGGAGAUCAUAUAGUGCUCGGUCCCCAUCUGAUGCUUACCCGAUUGACAUCCGCCGUUUGGCCCAGCUUUGAAGUUGGAUUUUCCAGAGAUACCUGCUGGCUGUUGCUGCUGCAAAAUAAAUCUAGAAUAUACUUAUGUUUGUCUUUCUGUAUCAUUAUAUAUUAGUGGUGUCAUCAGUUUUAUUGUAAUAUCUCAUAAGGAAUUUAGUUAACUGUUCAAGUAAUUGUACUCUUCACAAUAUGAAUGCACUGCUUUCUUUGCAAUUUAGACAUCAAAGUUUCAUUUUCAUGAAUAAUAAUUGGAGAAAGUGAUC